AUGUCGGAGAAACGAGUCAGCGAAGGCAGCGGCAACUGGCGACUUACCAGUCUAUUCCGGCCCAUAUCGCAGUUGAGCUUACCGCGCAGCAACCGGACGAGCAACCGAAGCUUUCAAGAAGCGUUCCCACCGGCCUUCUCGCUAUCGAUUCCCUCCUACUUCGGCCGUCUGACAUCAAUCAUCCCAGAGCCAGACGAAGCUCUUCUCAUAGCUAAGAACGAUGAGGAGGUGGGCGAUCUGGAGGGAAACAACUUGGAGCGAUCACCUUCAGAAUGCGCGAGUACAUUCGAACCCGCCAAAGAGGAAGCUGACGAGAUCAAACCAAUCUCUGGACCGCAAAAAGCUGUCAUCGCAGCUGCUCCUCAGAAGCCUCCAAGGGCGGUAUACGCUCGUAGGGUCGGGUCCAGGUCCAGCAUCAGCAGCCGAUCCACCCGGAGGCCGGAGUCGAGAGACACGGAACAUCUGGCAGAACUGCCUGCGUUGCCACCAAAGCUUCGGUCGGUCCGUGUAAAGCAAGCUACGAUCUCAGAGCAUAGCAGUGUCAAGCAUCUAGCAGAGCGAAGAGAAAGCAUUCGCCCUCCUGUUCCUUCGAAAGCCCAAAAAGACGAGGAGGCUGAUCCCAACCUGGUAUCCUGGAGUGGGCAACAGGACCCGGAAAAUGCUCUGAACUGGAGCAACAGCAGAAAAUGGACCAGUACACUAGCCCUCGCCUUUGUCACUUUCUGCGUGAACUUCGCAUCUUCCUGUCUCAGCCCAGCAGUGAAGACAGCAGCAACAGAAUAUGGCGUCGCAUCAGAGGUCAUGGUGUUGGCGACGACGCUGUUCAUGUUGGGCCUUGCAGUUGGUCCAUUCGUCUGGAGUCCGCUUAUCGAGAUAUGUGGUCGUAAGAAGAACCUCUUCUUCGGUCUCGCAGGUUUCGCAAUCUUCCAGAUCCCAGCGGCAGUCGCACAGAACAUCGAGACCGUCUUGGUCUGCAGGCUUUUUCAAGGCGUAUUUGGGUGCUCGCCGCUGAUAGCAGUCGUGGCGUCCUUGACUGACCUAUGGACUUCAGUCGACCGUGGCCAUGCCUUCUCGGUGUUCUCGGCAACCAUGUUCAUUGGCAUAUCUUCUGGUGCCCUCGUUGGUGCUCCAGUCACCGACAGUGGUGUGCUUGGAUGGAAGUGGAACAGUUGGAUCGUCCUGAUACUCUGCUUUCCGUUCGGCAUGGCUUGCUGGAUGGUCUACAAAGAAUCGUCCGCGGCAGUACUGCUCCAGCGUCGGGUCAAAGUACUGCGUCGUUCCACUAACAAUUGGGCGCUGCACUCUCCAAUCGAGGAAGAAGAACCCGGUCUUCGAAUGGUGCUUGCUAAACACGUUCGGAAACCUAUCUUGAUGUUGGCAUCGGACAGUAUACUUCUGGCUGUCACCGCGUACAUGUCCUUCGCCUACGGCAUCAUGUAUCUGGUUCUCGAGGCGUAUCCAUUGUCUUUCGUAGACCAGAGGUACUGGCCACUAAGACUAAGUGGGCUGCCUUUUCUGGCGAUAAUCGUUGGAGUCUGCAUUGGAUGCUUAGUGGAUGUCGCCUUCACCAAAGCGAGAUUCCACGAGAUGGUCCGCAAGUACGGUCGACUCUGCCCUGAAGAACGCCUCCUACCAAUGCUAGUCGGCGGAGUCGCAUUGCCAUUCGGCCUGUUCCUCUCUGCUUGGACAAGCGCCCCAGGAAUCAGUCCAGUGCCUGAGGUGAUCGCAGGUGUUCCGCUUGGGAUCGGCUUCCUGCUCAUAUUCCUGGAAGGCAACAUGUAUAUCAUUGAAGUAUUUGGCACACAUGCCAGCUCAGCCAUUGCUGUGAACACCUCCGUGCGUUCCCUGGCAGCUGUCGCCUUUCCUGCCUUUGCCAGAAGCAUGUACUUGGGGCUGGAACCGCAGUGGGCAGGCACAGUACUCGCAAUCCUGGCAAUGGUCUUUCUGCUUGUCCCCAUGACACUGUUGAGGUACGGUGUCAAGUUUCGAGCCAUGAGCAAAUGGACCCCGAAGUUGGCGCCAGGGUCAGGUAGCUCUCCAACUGAAGGUUACCAAGAGAGCAAGUGGUGA